AUGCGCACACUCUCGUUAGCCGUUGUGCUGCUGGGGGCUUCGUCGCCAGCACUUGGCGCUGCGUUUUCUGCUGAGACGCCCGGUCGAAGCGAUGAUCGUUCCGGAGCGCGGGUGGGUGAGCGAGCAAAGGACCGCAUGGUGGUGGUGGUGAUGUGUAUUGUGUAUACGUUUUUGCUGGCGACUGUUCAAGGCUAUCGAUUCGGUCGUGUGGCUUGUAGCAAGCCAGAGACCAAGGUCUCGGAUGUGCUGGUCUUCACACAGGGUUUCGUUAGUAUCGCGUUUAUCCUAGCCAUAGGCGUCAAGAGUGCUGUCCUUGGUGCGGAAACAGAUUCGCAAUGCCAUGGUGCUAUCUGGCUCUGUAUCGGACUAUACGGCGCGUCGAAGAUGGUCUUAUAUCUCUUCCUCCUCGAGCGUAUCCAUAUUGUGCGAGCGCCCUUUGUAGACCGUCGACGCGACUCCAUCUAUCUAAUGGGGACCAUUGCAACCGUAGCCCCCUUCUCCGUUAUCUUGGGCUAUGAAUUCAAAGACCCCAUUGCCGAGCUCUCCUCCAAAACAGGCCAAUGCAGAAUCGGCUUGCAACCCUACGCCGCCAUCGCCAUCAUGGUCUUCGACAUCAUCACCAACAUCCUACUAACCGCCAUUUUCGCCUGGCAGCUCCGCCCCGCACUGAAAGCCGCAGAUCCGCCUCGCACGUCCUGGCACACGCAUGGUGCGCGUGGCGAGCGGGAACAGGCCUCACUGCUAAGCAGUAUACGGUGCAUAUUCAGAGUGGGGAGGGCGGAUUCGGGAAGAAUGAGUAUGCGCAGUAAUAUACGCAUUAUGCUGGUGAGAAACGUGGUGGGUUCGAGCUUGAUUCUGCUGGUAACCGCGGCGAAUAAUAUCAUCUACCUCGCAUGGCGUUCUGCGAUUCUGAGUCAUAUAUGUCUGCUCAUGUGUAUGACCGAUGUGGUGCUGUGUAUGCUCAUUACCAAUUGGUUGACCAUGCGAUAUCCCAGGGACAAUGCAGAUUCUCAAUGUCCCUUCACCUUCACGAUGCCGGAUCUGCCGUACGAUGGGACAUGUAACCCGCGCUAUGCUGCGUCGUCACGCCCAUCGAAUCAUAGUAGGAUAGAUGAAGGCGGAGAGCGGUCGUUGCAGCUGGCACCGCAGGUAGAGUACCCUCCCAAUGUCAACGCUAGAGAUUCAAAGAUGCUUCAUGCCAGCUUACGCCUCGAUACCCACUAA